GUCUGCCGCAGCCCCGGCCUUCCUGUCCGCCGGGUCACCGCGCGCACGCCUCCAGGCAGGGCCGGCAGGUCACCGUGCGCACGUCUCCACGCAGGGCCCAGAGCCCGGCGUCCCGCGGCGGGGCCGAGCGGGCGCAACAGCGCUGGCGCACACGGGCUGCGAGUCGUGACAGCCUCAUUAGCAUAUGCAUAUUAGUAUUCUGAAUCAUUUGCAUGCCCGGUGUACCACACUUGGUUCAUUAGCAUAUCCCUUAUUAGUAUUCAGAUUUAUUUCCCUACCCAGGGUGCACCGCGCGUCGGCGGAGCGGCCCCGGUCGCGUUUUCCGCCGCCGCUCCCCGGGGCUGCCGCGUCCAGCGCGGGCUGGAUCCAUGCCGGUGCCACGGGAGCGGACCGCGGCGGCGGGAGAGCCAGGCUGGGCGCCGCGAGUCGCCGUGACCUAGAGAGGGACAGCCGAGGGACGCCGUGUGCGCGAGGGGGGCCCCGGGCAUACUCUGGUUUCUCUUCAGAUCGUAUAAAUCUUUCGCCUUUUACUAAAGAUUUCCGUGGAGAGGAACAGGCACGAGUGUCGAGAAAUUUUUUGAGGCUCCAUUUCGGUGGAGCUCCCCCUACUCUGGUAAAAAACAGAUUAAAGGAAAAUCCCUUGUGGAACUCUUGCCGCCGUGCACGGGCGGUGGAAAGGGAGCGAGGUACAUGGAACGGGAUAUGGAGCGCCGUAACCGGCUCCUCCGCCGUCCGCGCCCAGAUUUCACAGACGGAUCACAGGAAUUAUUUGGCUGGGAGCGGCCGGGGCGCUGCGGGCACUGACGCUGUACCCAGAUGGAGACAAGUGACAAGCGCUGUCCCUCAGCGCUGUGUCCUGGGACUGGCUGGGGUUUUUAAUAUCUUUAUCAACGACACAGGCAGUGGGAGCGGGUGCACCCGCAGGCAGUGCACAAGCUGGGUGCUGUGGGUGACACACCUGAAGGGCACGGUGCCAGCUAGGGGGACCCGGACAAACUGGGGCCCACAAGAACCUCAUGAAGUUCAACAAGUGCCCUGUGCUGCCUCUGGCUCUGGACGAUGCCGGACACAAGAAGAACUGGAGAACACAGACUGGAAAACUCAUGGAGACUAGGUCUGAUGAGAAAGGAGGGAGGGUUCUUAUGGGUGAAAAGCUGGACAUGAACCAAGAGGGAGCAGUCAGAGCCCAGAAAGCCAACGGCAUCCUGGGCAGCAGGUCAGAGGCAAUUCUGCUCCUUACUGCUGAAUCCAGCUCUCUGGUCCCCAGUGCAGGAAAGACACAGAUAUGCUGGAGCAGAUCCAGAGGAAGCUAUGAAGAGGAUCAGAGGGCUGGAGCCUCUCUCCUGUGAAGACAGGCUGACACACUGGGGUUGUUGAGCCUGGAAGAGAAAAGGUUUUGGAGAGAUCUUAUUGAGGC